CACGAAACCCGACACCGCAACCCGUCGUCCCCCUCGGUUUGCCACCACAUCCUGGGCGAGGUAACGAGAAGUGGGACGUGGAGCCCCCAGCAUCAGGCCAGUGGUCGUCGGUGGGCCCUACUUUUUCUUCUUUUCAUACGAUGCCCCCACACCAGUGGUUCUCGUGGUCCGGUGGUGGACGGUUGAGAUGAGGGGAUUGGAGGGUUGCAGCGGUCGGCACGGUGGGAGGAGAUCCAUUGGCAAUUUCCCCUGCUCGUGUGGAAAUUUGGAAAACGACGCUUUACAGGAAACCUCCUCUUCUAAUAUCGCAUGCAGCACGUCCUCCUGCCCCGUCAUCCACCGUCUCACGCCCACCUGUAUCGCCGGAGAUCCCGUUGGAUUUCCACGCCGGGAUCCCUCGAAGACGACCCUCUCCGGGAUCCGGCCCGUGAAGCGGUGAACGUCGGUUGAAGCUGCAAAGGGAGAUUAUUGAAACAUGAAUGUGGCAGGGAACCUGGGUUUUCUUAAUACCUCAUCUCAUGAAAGAUGUGAAAGCUACAUUGUUUUCCAUGCUGAAACUUCACUUUCAAAUGGAAUACGAGCAUUCUUGUAUUUUGUCGCUCUUGCCUACUGCUUCAUUGGGUUGUCAUCUAUAACUGCUCGUUUUUUCAAAUCGAUGGAGAAUAUUGUUAAGCAUACACGUCAGAUUGUGGAAAUAGAUCCUUCAACAGGCACUGAGUUGAUUAAGUAUGAAAAAGUUUGGAAUUACACUAUAGCAGACAUCACUUUAUUGGCAUUUGGAACAAGCUUUCCGCAGAUCUCUUUAGCAAUAAUCGAUUCAAUCCAAAAUAUUGGUCAGUUGAAUGCUGGAGGUUUAGGGCCAGGCACACUUGUUGGUUCUGCUGCAUUUGAUCUAUUUCCUAUCCAUGCUGUUUGUGUGGUAGUCCCAAAAGCAGGUACUUUGAAAAAGAUAUCAGAUAUAGGAGUUUGGCUAGUCGAGCUGUUCUGGUCAUUUUGGGCAUAUGUUUGGCUCUACAUAAUUUUAGAGGUUUGGACACCUACGAUGAUCACUCUUUCUGAGGCUGUGCUAACAGUCUUACAGUUUGGGUUGCUACUGGUUCAUGCAUAUGUUCAAGACAAACAAUGGCCAUAUUUGUCGAUUCCACUUGGAAGAAGUGAUAGGCCAGAAGAAUGGGUCCCAGAAAAUGAAACUUUAUUUAUCAAUGGGCAUGACACACGUGAAUCAAAUGAUAAUUGCUGUGAGAUUCUUCAAGUUAGCGAAGGUCAACAGAGUAAUGUGGUUGAUAUAUUCUCCAUCCAUUCAUCUAAGGACACAGAUUUAGUCUACAAAAUUAUUCCAGAUAAUGAUACGGAAGAACCUUCAGAACUAUAUUGCAACAAGAUGGUUGACAAUAAACGGGAUGUCCUUUCAGUUUGGAUGCAACAAUUUCUUGAUGCACUGAGGUUGGAGAGCACUGAAUCAAAGAAAAUGGUCAGUUUCUACUUGUGGAUAGGGAGAGUCCUUUGGAAAUUAAUCCUCAUGCCCUGGAGAUUAUUAUUUGCUUUUGUGCCCCCAUAUCAAAUUGCUCAUGGUUGGAUAGCAUUCAUUGGCUCUCUUUCUUUUAUAAGUGGGAUAGCCUAUGUGGUUACCAAGCUUACAGAAGGAAUAAGUUGUGUGACAGGAAUAAAUCCUUAUGUCAUAGCUUUUACAGCACUAGCCAGUGGAACCUCAUGGCCUGAUUUAGUUGCAAGCAAGAUUGCUGCUGAGCGUCAAAUCACUGCAGAUUCUGCCAUUGCUAACAUCAUUUGCAGCAACUCGGUGAACAUAUAUAUUGGCAUUGGCAUUCCAUGGUUGAUAGACACAACUUACAACUUCUUUGUGUACCAAGAACCACUGUACAUUCAGAACGCAGGAGGCCUAAGCUACUCCCUGUUGGUAUUCUUCACAACUUCAGCUGGUUGCAUUGCUGUUCUUUUACUUCGACGAAUUACCUUAGGUGCAGAACUCGGUGGACCAAAGUUAUGGGCUUGGUUGACAGCCACAUACUUCAUGUUUCUAUGGCUUGUUUUUGUUGUUUUGUCAUCGCUUAAAGUGUCUGGAAAAAUCUAAACAGAACCAAUGCUGGAGUUUAUGGCUUAUUAGAUUCUCAGGUUUAUACCCUUUCUCGGUUGCUACAGACGCACACGAUUAUGAGAGUUCAUGGGUUCAUAGUAUCUUGGAUUUAUACCCUUGUUAUCUUCUUCUUUGGUUGGCGGGGUAUUAUACAGACAAAGACGUUAGAGUUUUUUUGGUGUUGAAUUCCAGGUAUCUUUCUUCUCAUUGGGUUGCUGCAUCGAACAGAUAAGAUACUGAAGUUUAUACGAUAUUGGAUCUCAGAUAUUUUUCUUUCUUGUCAGGCUAUAGUGUUGAUGCUCGAUGAAUGACUGUAAAUUUACGGGAUGUCAUCUUUGUUCUUCUUUUUAGCAUUUUUGGGGGUAGUUCAUACAUGGUCUUGUAUUCGGUAAUAUAUAUAUAUAUAUAUAUAUAUAUAUAUAUAUAUAUAUUAAAUCUCUGAAUUAAUUCAUCUCAAUAUGUAGCUUGAUGUUGCUUAAGAGUUCCAUUUUUGUCUGAGUGUUUUUAUUUUCUUUUUGAGCUUUGAUCCUUGUCACUCCGAACAUGUGUAAACCCGGGUAUUCUGUAAUUUCCUUUAUUUUCACCUUGUACAAUAUAAAACGAUUCAUAUUUAUCUUUCUUAAUCAAGUAUUCUAUUAUUUCAUAUGACUGCCUCCACAAGGAUGUAUGCAUUUUUCCUGUGGUAUACACGAUGAUGAUCUUAAAUCACGCGAAUGUCCACUCAUUUUAUUAAAAUAAAUAAUUUCCAAUGGAACCCACACUACAGCGCGUGGACCAGGGCCGUUGGAAGCUAUGGCGUGGGACUCGAGGGUGGUACACCCAAUAAAGAAAGCGGUUUCCCGAUCCGAUAAUGGACGGUUACGAUGUGGGGAUUCGAGGGUCCGCGAUGGUCGGCAAAGGCGGUGGCGAUCCUUUCAUGUCGUCCUGCUUCUUCCCCACCAACAUCAUCGCCGGAUAUCCAGUCGGACCGCGCUGCGUCACGCCGCGCCGCCUCGCGGGAUCCGACCCGCAACCGAUCAAGGAUACUGGCUGUGGAAUCAGUCCUCAAGAUUUACCACACAUCUUUACUAAGUUUGCACACUCCCGCAACAGUGCAAACAAAGCCUCCAAUGGCAGUGGGCUCGGCCUUGCUAUUUGUAGGAGGUUUGUGAGCCUCAUGGAUGGACAGAUCUGGCUUGAAAGUGAAGGCAUAGGGAAAGGUUGCACUGCCACAUUCAUCGUCAAACUUGGUAUUUGUGAUCCAAGCGGAAAUAUGCAACAAAUUUUGCAGACUACACCAAGUCAUGGAGAUGCAAAUCUUCCCGGCCCAAGAGCUAAAUUCGAUGAUGAGAAUGGGAAAUUUACUCCUAUGAUGCGUUACCAAAGAAGUGUAUAAUUUAUACGGUUGGAUUCAUCUACCUACCUGCAGCAUUUAUGGCCUGAAGGCUCUGAUUGGUGAAACCAAUUUUGUGAUGGUUCAAGGCUUUGUCUCUUUGGUGUUCAGCGAGGUGGUUUAAUUAAUUUGCAACCGGGACAAGUUUGUGGCUUACCUACGUGGAGUAUGUGAUCUUUGCUGAUAUAACGAGUUCAAAUUAGUUGGUGUAAAGUAAUAGUUGUUGUUUCCACACUUAUUUUAUCUGGCUGAUGAGCCGAGUUUGAUGUGCAACUAGAUGAUCUUUUGGCUUCAAACUUUGUAUGAUAUUCUCCGAACGGCGACCCUACGUUUUCAGUACUUUUGUUCUGAACGGUUGCUAGGUUCUCAAUCUGCUGCUUACGGUUCAGUGUCAA